UCAGCUGUCAGACCUGCGCAUCCACUUGUUGCGUUCACAACAGUUCACCGUCUCUCUAGUUACAGAGCCAACAACAUGGCACGCUCCGGUCUGGUCAGACGGGAGUCGGUGGAAACGGAGAUGCACAAGUCCGAAGACAACUCAAAAACCUUUGUUUACACCAAGAAGAGGGGCUACGACGUCACCCCACCCCCGAUGAACAAGGGCUUGGCUUUCUCCCUGGAGGAGCGUCUCCAGCUGGGGAUCCACGGCCUGCUGCCCCCCUGCUUCAUCAGCCAGGACGUCCAGGUGCUCCGGGUGCUCAAGAACUACGACAUGAAGAGGGACGACCUGGACAGAUAUGUGUUCCUGAUGGGGCUCCAGGACCGCAACGAGAAACUCUUCUAUCGCGUGCUAACGUCAGACAUUGAAAGGUUCAUGCCCAUCAUCUACACCCCCACCGUGGGCCUGGCUUGCCAGCUAUACGGCCUGAUAUUUAGAAGACCGAGAGGGCUGUUCAUCACUAUACAUGACCGUGGCCACAUUUCUACGGUGCUCCAGAACUGGCCAGAAAAGGACGUCAAGGCGGUGUGUGUGACGGACGGAGAGAGGAUCCUGGGGCUGGGAGACCUGGGCUGCUGUGGCAUGGGCAUCCCGGUGGGCAAGCUGGCCCUCUACACAGCCUGUGGAGGUGUGCCGCCACAGCAGUGCCUGCCUAUUACACUGGAUGUGGGCACAGACAAUGAGGCGCUGCUGAAGGACCCUCUCUACAUUGGGCUGAGACAUAAGAGAGUGCGAGGACAGGCCUAUGAUGACCUGCUGGAUGAAUUUAUGAAGGCUGUGUCAGACAGGUAUGGAAUAGACUGUCUCAUUCAGUUUGAGGACUUUGCAAAUGUUAACGCUUUCCGGCUGCUGAGCAAGUACCGCAACAAGUACUGCACAUUCAAUGACGACAUCCAAGGUACUGCUGCAGUGGCGGUAGCUGGACUCCUGGCCGCUCUCCGCAUCACCAAGAGCAAAAUGUGUGACCAUACCAUCGUGUUCCAAGGAGCUGGGGAGGCAGCGAUGGGGAUUGCCGAGCUGAUCACCAUGGCCAUGGAGAAGGAGGGAAUCGCUAAGGAAGAGUGUUUGAAAAAGAUCUGGAUGGUUGAUUCCAAGGGGCUCAUUGUCAAGGGUCGAGACCACCUGACUCAUGAGAAGGAAAGGUUUGCUCAUGAGCACCCACAGAUGAAGAAACUGGCGGAUGUGGUCCGGGAACUGAAACCCACAGCUAUCAUUGGUGCGGCAGCUGUUGCCGGAGCCUUCACCGAGCAGAUCAUCACAGACAUGGCGUCCUUCAAUGAACGCCCAAUCAUCUUUGCCCUCAGCAACCCGACCAGCAAAGCAGAAUGCACUGCUGAGCAGUGUUACACACUCACAGAGGGGCGAGGCAUCUUUGCCAGCGGCAGUCCAUUUGACCCCAUCACCCUGCCUGAUGGGAGGAUGUUCCACCCUGGUCAGGGGAACAACGCCUACAUCUUCCCCGGCGUGGGCCUGGGUGUCACCGCUUGCGCCAUCCGACAUAUUACUGAGGAAAUCUUCCUCGUUGCAGCGGAGGCUCUUGCCCACCUGGUGACAGAGAAGGACCUGGCGGAGGGAAGGUUGUAUCCUCCUCUCAGCUCCAUCAGGGACGUCUCUCUCACACUGGCUGUCAAGAUCAUGGAGUAUGCCUAUGAGCACAACAUGGCAACACUUCGUCCGGAGCCGUCCGAUAAAGAAGCAUACCUGCACUCGCUCACCUAUAGCACUGAUUAUGACGAGUUUGUUGUGGACUCGUACCACUGGCCAGAGGACAGUAUGACUGUGCAGUCGUGCAAACUUUAAUGCACUGGACAGAGAGACAGAAUGAGCCCUGGAGAGGUAUGGUAACUGACAUGCAAUAUCAUCACUAGACAUGAUGUUGGGAUAUGAAAGAGGCUGUGUGUAGAAUUUUCUCACUAAUAUAUUGCUGUGAAAUUAAUGGUGACAACACAUGUAAAGUUACUGGUCUGUAUGUCUUCGAUGUCUCCCUCGACAGAAGUGGAACGCAUGCUGCUAGUUUAAAAAUACACUGAAAGGAAGGAAGCUGAUAAAAUGUGGGCAGUUUGCUUUCUGUUUUUAACUUUUGAAAUAUUGCACUAAUGGUUGUUAUCACAAUAGAUUUUAUGAUAAUAUAUCGCGGGAAAGUCCUUCACAGGUUUCUUUUAGUUGUACUGUAAUAGGCCGUUACUUUAUGACUGUGUCAGCUAUAAUCCAAAAACUCUUUGUCAAAUAAAAAUGGUUUUGAUUAAAGCUAA